AUGGGAAGAGCUAACUUUGCUUCUGAAUCAUGCCACACUUUUGAACUCAAACGCAUUCAACUAGGAUUCAAGGUACAAAGUUUUGUAAAACAAAGGGGUAGCCAAAUGAUGGUUAGAUCCUGUUGGAAACCAAUUGCUGAUGGUGAUGAAGGAGAUGGGAGUGGGAGAGUUGAUGGACUUCUAUGGUACAAGGAUUUGGGGAACCAUCUUUAUGGGGAAUUCUCAAUGGCUGUGGUUCAGGCCAAUAGUUCAUUAGAGGAUCGAAGUGAGCUUGAAUCUGGACCUUUGAGUUCCAACAACUUAGGUCCUCAAGGGACCUUUAUAGGUGUCUAUGAUGGCCAUGGUGGAAGCGAGGCCUCACAGUUUGUUAGUGACAAUCUCUUCUGCAAUCUCAAAAGGCUCGCAGCUGAGCAUCAAGGUAUCUCAGAACAUGUUAUCAAAAAGGCAUAUUCAGCCACAGAGAAGAGCUUUCUGUCUCUUGUGAAGAAACAGUGGCUGAGUAAGCCUCAGAUUGCAUCUACGGGAACUUGUUGCUUGGUGGGGGUAAUUUGCAAUGGCAUGAUAUAUAUUGCAAAUUCUGGAGAUUCCCGGGUGGUUUUAGGAAGAGUAGAGAGAGCAACAAGGGAAACAGAAGCUAUACAAUUAUCUACAGAGCACAAUGUUAACCAAGAAACGGUGAGAGAUGAGCUUCGAUCAAAGCACCCCUUUGAUUCACAAAUCGUGGUUUUGAGACAAAACGUUUGGCGUGUGAAAGGCCUCAUACAGGUUUCACGAUCCAUUGGGGAUGCAUAUCUGAAGAAAGCAGAAUUCAACAGGGAUCCUCUACCAGCAAAGUAUAGGCUAGCAGAAACGUUCUUCAGGCCAAUUCUUAGUUGUGAGCCAUCAACAUCAACCCACACACUUAAUCCUGAUGAUCAAUUUCUCAUAUUUGCUUCUGAUGGCUUAUGGGAGCAUCUUACCAACCAAGAGGCUGUUAACAUAGUCAGCAACAACCCACCUAACGGAAUUGCCAGAAGACUUGUGAAAGCUGCACUUAGAGAAGCUGCUAAGAAGUGUGAAAUGAGACUUUCUGACCUCCAAAAGAUUGAGCAAGGGAUGAGAAGGCACAUCCAUGAUGACAUAACAGUGAUUGUGGUGUUUCUUAAUUCCAAAACCGAGAAUACCUCUCUCUGUGGUUCUCCUCUUUCAAUCAAGGGAGGUGGGUCUGCCAAUUCCUAG